AUGAGCGACUACGAAUCUGAAGAAUAUGACACAAAUUUCAAAAAACGUCAGAUUGCAUGGCAGUUUGGAUGCACUGUCACGCUAGUCCGGCCUGGGCUUAUUGUCAAACAAGGUGCCAAGGUGCGGCCGUCCGAAGAGAGAGCAAUGCGCCUUAUAAAGGAGCACGCUCCAGAGGUGCCCAUUCCUAAUAUUCACGGAUCACUUUAUAGAUAUAAAGGAGGCGUGCCUUUCUAUGGGGAGCUGUCCAUGGACUUCGUGCCAGGAAGGACACUAAAGCUGGCUUGGGCCGAACUGGACGAAGGAUCGAAGAGCCGUGUUUGUCGAGAUAUUUGGGACCUCAUCGCUAAAAUUCGGACUAUCCCCCGUCCUAAUAAUCUAGGUUCCAAGCUUUACCGCACUAUCGAUGGUUCUCCUUCUUAA